AUGAAUGAAUUUUUUAAAAGAAAAUCGAAUAUAAAGAAAAAUGUAUUUUUAAUGACGCAGAAAAAAAAAAAUAGGAAAGCACUGACAUAAUAUAAAAUAAAAAUAUUCAUAUUUACGCCUCAUAUAGAAAUUUUUUUAAUAAAUAGUAAUUCUAAAUAUUUUUACAAAAAUGAUUAGGUUAAGAAUGAAUCGAUACAAUUCAAACAUUUUAUAUGA